AUGGGCGACUUCAAUGAUCUUUUACAUCAACAUGACAAAAGAGGCACACACCCUCAUCCAGAAUGGCUUUUGAGAGGGUUCCGACAUGUUGUUGAUUCUUGCGGUCUCCGAGAAUUAUAUUUUGAAGGACAUCAGUUCACUUGGGAAAGAGGCCAGGGUACAACAAACUGGGUCGAGGAGAAACUCGAUAGGAUUAUAGCGGCAGAUGCUUGGUUUGAGAAGUUUGAUGGGGCGAAAGCUUUUUCUAAAGGAGUUCCAUCUAGCGAUCAUUUGCCUUUAAUCCUGCUACCCAUCCCAACUGCCAGAGGGUAUAGAGUUAGAAAAUUCCGUUUUGAAAACAUUUGA